UCCCUCUUCAUACUGGAAUUCAAAAUCAAACGCCAAUCAAUGAUCAUCCUUUUUUCCUGCACACCAUAUCAUUCUGAUUCACGGAUCCGAUCAUUUCUCAUUUUCACUUAAUAAAUCAGGGAAAUGACUUCUCCGAACCCUUCAUAAAUAUAUAUAUCCACAACCGUAGCCAAAUCCAUCAUCUCUCAUUUAUCUUUUUCAUUCUCAAAUUGAUUGAAACGGCAUAUAUCAAAGCAAUAUGGAGGAGGAAUGGGAGGAGGAGGAGGAGCUCGACCACUUCGAUCCGAAUCAGAAGAGCAAGAGAGCGAGAGGUGAUAAUCAUCAAGGACUGGUAAUGCAUGGCGGAAGAAUUGAUGUCGGUUGUGAGGAUUUUUGAAGCGCAAGAAGUCCCGUCGUGGCAGAAUCAGUUGACGGUGAGAGCUUUUGCAAUGAGCUUUGGACUGAGCGUAUUGUUCACUUUCAUCGUGAUGAAGCUAAACUUGACGACUGGUAUUAUUCCUUCGCUCAAUGUCUCUGCCGGAUUUCUUGGCUUCUUCUUCGUGGAGACAUGGACGAAACUUCUGAAGAAAUCUGGUUUACUGAAGCAGCCUUUCACUCGCCAAGAGAACACCGUGAUUCAGACUUGUGUUGUUGCUUCUUCCGGCAUCGCUUUCAGCGGCUUCAAUUAUGAUAGACAUCGACUGAUGAACCCGCGUACAAGAUUAAUCCUUCCCAUCCUUGGCCAGUUGUCAUUGUCGACUCCAUUCCACUACAACGAAAUAAUAGUGAUUGUGGCGUAUUCACCAUUAAGUAUUUUGAGUACGUAGCUGCUGAUUUUGAUUUAGAUACAUUAUGUCAAGAAAACAUGUCCUACUUUAGAAAACAAUUGGCAUUUCAAUUAUGGACCAACACUCCUAUGUAUUGAACUUUGUUGCGAGAUUUGUAGGAGUUGUAUAUCAUGUAUGUUGCAAAAUAUAUAUCGAUUCUUCUCUAUAAUGCACAAGUAUAGAUGCUAUAUAAAUUAGA